ACAAAAAAGGGCAAAAGGGCCUGCCCUCAAACUUUUGUGACAUUUAGCAAAAACUGCCAAGUUUAGCUCAGUUGCGUCAUCAUCAUAUAUAUCGUGAAAUGCAUUUUAUAAACAAGAUUUCACAAUAUAUAUGGCGAGAAGGUGCCCAUUCCAUGAUUAUAUGCCUGUAAUGAAUUCCUACGUUCCAGAGCGCAACUAAGAUUCAGCUUCUAAUACUGUGACGCAAAGUUGUACCAAUCACGGCUUUUUAGGCAACCUACCACAUGGAUAACCUUUCGAUUCAGGCAACUCCUUCUGUGGAAAAGAAGCUGCCUCCCAAGUCAAGAUACUUAUUGUGCGGUGCAACAGUGUUGGCUUGCACCCGCAACAUCCUGGGGAGCAACUUUGUUCUUUUAGCUGAUGUUCCCCACUUGAUCAAGAACUUGAACGAGCACCUUGUGCGCGGAUCGGCAAACGUCCUGCCAGCAGACUUUGUGACUGCUAACAACCUCACGUUCCCCACUGUGUCCCUUGACCCCAUUUGCCAGCCGGUGGAGUUCCAGAAGAACCUGACAUUCAAACUGGCCCCUAAACUUUGGCUUGAGCUUCCAGACCCAAAUCAUUUUGAGAAAAUGAAGGUGAGCAUUUACAGCAAUGAAGAUGUCUUGCUUUGCUAUUCUAUAGGAAAACGAACACUUUGUUAUGCUAUGCUUGUGGUUUUGCCAGAACCCACGGAGACCAAUCAUGAAAACUAUGGAAGGAGACGGCAAAUGGCAAAGCAGAGAUAACGUUUGUCAUAAAAAAAGUGCGAUCUAUAUAGGUCUCAUUUUUGCUUUCCGACGUUAUCGGUGCCUCGUCAUUCGCCGGGCCUCUUCCGUAUAUCGCAAUGAUUGGCUCUUCUUGAGCAUUGCAGAUAAAUACACGCGCAGGAAUUGCACGAAAAUAGGUCGACUUAUUUUCGAAUAAAUACGGUAAGGUACUCCACGCCUGCGUGAUAAGAUUAAAUGUGGUCAGGAAGAAUACUAUCUUCAAUAUAAAUUUCAGGAUUAAUUAGGCUUGCCGUUUCAACAUGAGUAAAUGCAUCGAAAACCUCACAUCAUCGACAAAGUUGUACCAUAUUAAGUUUUAGUGGCACCAUCUGUCCGAGGUGAAAAAAAAACUAUUCCUCCCUUGAGCCUCACCUCGUUGUACCACUACGUCAGUCGAACUUCCUGAGCCGCACCUCGUUGAACCACCA